AUGAAUUCCGAAGAGAAUUCAUCAUCUCUAUUACGACCAAAUUUUGAUUCUACGUCUUCAAUUAGUUUUUCUGAAGCUUCCAGUUCAAAUAUUUCAUCAAAUUCAUCCUCAAUCAGCACAAACUCUUUUGAUUCUAAAAAAAUAAAACGUGUAUUGUUAAAUCAACCACAAAAAUUCAAAAUUAUCGAAAAUGAAUCACCAUCUCAUGCUGAGUGGUGGAGAUCUUUUGGCUUUCCGGCUCAAUUAAAUGAGAAUAAUAAGUUAGAAAGAAUUAAUGGUUAUAUUAGCUGUAUCAAAUGCAUGCACACACAAGUUUAUAAUUUGUUAAGUGGUACAAAAAGAUUUAAACAACACGCUGAUAAAUGUUUUCCAUCAUCAGUAUCAUCGUCAACUAGUACCAGUUCAUCUUCAUCAACACAAACAACAUUGAAUCAAAUGGGAUUUAAAAAGUCCCUACAGUUUAGCGAAAAUGAUGUUAAAAUAGUAAAAAAGUUAUGUGCACAAUGGAUUUGUGGUGAUAUUAGACCAUUUAGUAUUGUAGAUGAUCCCGGUUUUAGAAAUGUAGCACAAGAAUGUAUUCGUUUAGGAGCUACAUAUGGAAAUGUUGAUGUUAAUGAUGUUUUUCGUGGUGAAAAAACAAUUUCACGUCAUAUUGUAUGUAUUGCUGAUGAAUUACUUGAUCAAGUGAAAGAUAUGUUGUCAAUUUCUUUAAAAGAAGACUCAUUAACUAUUUGUCCUGAUUAUUGGACGGAUUGUUGCAAAAGAAUUUCAUAUUUAGCAGUUACUGCAACAUUUGUUACUGAUGAAUAUUCUUUUCAAUCAAUUGAUUUAUUUUGUCGACCAUUUCAUUUUAAGAAGAAGACGGCUGAAUUAACUUUAAAUGCACUUUAUAAACAUUUGGAAUCAUUUAGUAUUGUAUCAUUAGCUAAUAUUAAUAUUGUGUGUGACCGUGGAAAUACAACUGCUACUGGUUUACCAAUGUCAAUAAAAGUUCCUACUGAUAUUACUUCACAUUCUGAAUCUUCAAGUGAUGAAAGUGAGUCAUCAACUGAUGAUGAUUGUAAUGCUAAAACUGCAUUACCUGUUACUCAACGUAAAGUUAAAAAGAAAUUAAAGAAACCUAUAUUAUGUAAACAUGAAGCACAAAUUCCAACUGAAAAAAUUACAGUCGAUCAAAUUCCAGCAUCAGCUAAACGCGUUCUUGCGUCUUUAAAUCAGUGCAAAAGAAUUGUAAAAUACGUUAAGAAAGCCGGCAUCAACAAGGAUAUAAAAGAAAACGGUGGUGUUACAUUGCAUCAGUCAACAAUUGUUAGAUGGCUUUCCAUGUCAAAUCUGCUAGAAAGCGUUUUAAAGUCAUUUACGACAACAAAACGGUUAUUAUUAGCUAGGAAAAAACAAGCAUUAACUAUUGAUUUAGAUGAAAUAACAAUAAAGCAGUUGGUGCUGGUUUUAAAACCAUUUAAACAUACUAUGACCUUAAUUCAAACUGGGAAUAUCCCGUCUUUACAUAUGGUUUUACUGAGUACAAUAACAUUAAAAGAAGCAUUAAGUUCAUACAAAUCAUUACUUAAUUAUAAAAAAUGUUAUUGUAAUACGAAUGAAAAUAAGAAAGACAAUGACAAGUUCGAUGAAGAUGAAGAAUAUGAAUUGGAAGGAAUCAAAUGGUUUCGAGAACGUCUUUUGGAAUUAUUAGAUGAUAUGAUUGUUCUUGAUGUCCGACAUUAUUGUGCUACUAUGUUGCAUCCAAAAUAUCGUUCAUUGAAAAGUUGCUCAAAAGAAGAACGAUUACAAUGUCAACAAUACAUUCGAGAACAAUUAAAAAUAAUCGGUGAUGUGUCAACACCAGCCACAUUUGAAGAUAGAUCUGAACCAGCACAAAAAAAAAUGAAAUUAGCUGCUGAUUUAUUUAGUCGAUUUGAAGAUGACAAUUCUUGUGAUAUUGAAGUAAAUGAAGGUGAAGAAGCUGGAUAUGAAAGUGAUGAGUAUGUAUUCAACAAAAAAAAACCAGAUGAAUUAGAUAAAUAUAUGGUAAUGCAGAUUGACAAAUCAUUAUUAACGAAUAAUCCGUUGGAUUUUUGGAAAAUUCACUCGAAAACGUUUCCAUUGCUUUCUAAAUUAGCAAAAAGAAUUCAUUCGAUUCCAGCUACAUCAACUGGAGUCGAACGUCAGUUCUCCAGUGCUGGUUUGAUAAUGAACCAGCGUCGUACAAACAUCAAUCCGGAACAAAUUGAUAAUAUCCUGUUAGUACGAUCAUUACAAAAAAUGAACAACAGUUGA